AUGUGCCAAAUAAUUGAACUCCCCGAAGAUGGCCCUACGUGUCCUCACGGUAUCAUGUUGAAAAUAGUUAACAAGAGUUCUGAAUCAUUUCACUAUGCUUGUUCAGCAUUCCGUGGCAAGGACGAAUGCAAAAGACAAGAGCUAUGUCGAAAAAAUACUUUGAACAAUUGGUCAGUGGAGAAUAUUCUUAGUAGCGACCAAUCAAACAGAGCCUAUUGUUCCACUUGUGAUUGUCUAUUUUCAAUGGUAACUGAAAGAAAAAAGCAUAAGAUGCAUGAAUAUAGAGGAGAUCUGUCAGAUAAUUUAUUAACCAUGCCAUCAUAUUUAUUAAAGCCACUAGGAGACUCUAAAGCUCAUGCGCAAUACUUUUUCUCUUUAAAUUGCUUAAAUCAGCUAUAUUCAAUUAUAAACAAUCUAUCAGUGAAUUAUGUUGUCUGUAUUGGAUCACCACGUCUUCAUGACUUCAUUCAACUUCAGUUUGUACACCGAGGACAGUUGACAAACUCUUAUUUGUUGGACAUUGAUUUUCGACUGACGAACUUCUAUCGUUCACAUAACUUUUCACAAUACAACAUGGUGAAUGGAUUUUUCUUCAGUCAACAAGACAAAGAGAAUUUCUAUAAUUUUAUCAAGGAAAAUGUAAAGUCUAUGCACAAAUGUUUGAUAUUUUGUGAUCCUCCGUUCGCCGCACCAUUGUCAUUAAUCAUAAAACAGAUCAAAGUAUUACAAAAUUCAGUUAUAAGGUGCAUUAAUCAAAAUGCUGGGGUUUCCAAGAUGAAAAAGAGUGACGAUAGCAAUAAGAAUGCUGAGAAUACUUAUGCGUAUUUGAUGGCCCUGCCAUACUUUUUUGAGAAGAAGUUACAGAAAAUUGCACCGUUCAUAAAUAUGUUGGACUAUAAAAUGACGUAUGAGAAUCAUUCAAGAUUGGAUUGUGACAGGAAUAAUCCUGAUAUUAGUCAAAGUAAUACAAUUAACAAUGAGAACCAGGCAAAUAGAGGAAAAAGACGAGAUUCAGUUGUUCGUCUGUUUACAAAUCUCUCACCCUCAUUAGUCCAUCCACCUGAAUCACUGGAGUCAUCAUUCAGGUUUUGUGAAAUUUGCCAGCGUUAUUCACACAUCACGAAUGUACACUGUCUCAAGUGCAAUCGUUGUACAACUAAGAAUGGACCAACUUAUGUACACUGUGAUAAAUGCGGUCGAUGUAGAUCUUCAAAGAAAUUCCACUCUUCAUUCUAUCAUGUGAUUAUUCCAAAGGAAAAGAGUAACAAACAUUUUCUUGACACUUAUUAUCAAUUGCCUUCUUAUGCCAACAAACAUUGUACAUAUUCUACUUGUUUUAAUGUAAAUAAUUGUGUUCAUGAACUUGUUGACAAGCCAUUACAUACAGUUAGAGUUUAUAUGUAUCCUUUAUUAAAACAAUUCAAUCAUACUUCACUUUCUACAACCUUUAGUCAACAAUUUCUCUCAUUACAUAAUGCUAUUCUGUCUAGUCAGUAUUAUGUCAACCGAAUUGAAGAUGCGUGUAUACUUGUGCCUGGAGUGGAUUUCUUAUAUAUUCAUGAUGAAAAUCAUGAAGACAUUGUUGAUCUAUCCCUGCGUUAUUUAAAUCAUUUGCCAAGAUGGAAUGAUGGCAGGAAUCAUUUAAUUGUGAAUUUCUUAUCCAAUGAAAAGUUGAUGUAUUCAGCUUCAGCUAUCGUCGCCAGUGCUAGUCAUACAAGUCGAACAUACAGGCCAAAAUUUGAUAUUGUCCUACCAGCAUUUAAUCCAUAUACAAUUGUUGUGGAUAACAGUAUUGAUAAAAGACAUACUAUAUUCUUGAUAGUCUUCCCAUCAACUGAUCAAGAUUCAAUAAAUCAGCUGAAAUACCUUUUAUUAGAUUCUCGAAAUUCAGAUUCGCCUUCUCCUCAGACUAUAAUCAUCUUGGAAUAUUCUGAUCAGUCAAUCAGCCAAACCUAUGGUAGACGUUUUGUAUUAGUAUCUGAAUCACAAUAUCGACAUCGUGUUGUGAAAAAGUGGAUCAAUUAUUCAGAAUCUUUGUGUUCCAGUGAAUUUUGCCUGGUAAUUGAUGCCGACAAUGCAAAUCGUUUUAAUUUAUUCGACAGUAUAGCAUGUGGUUGUAUUCCAGUGAUUGUAAAUGAUGAUAUUGUUUUGCCAUUCUCUGAAGUUCUUGACUGGAAUAAAAUGGCCAUUCGAAUUCCCAGAGUUAAAUUUCAAAAGAUUCCAUCUAUACUCUCGACAUAUUCAUCAAGAGAGAUACUUCUUCUUCGGAAACAAAUAAUGUUUGCCUAUGAACGUUAUUUUUCAUCAAUAGAGAAAAUCAUGAUCACUACACUAGAUAUACUAAAUGAUCGCGUCUUUCCUCAGUAUUCACGAUCUUAUGCUGAAUGGAAUUAUCCUGAUUAUUCUACAAAUGUGUUUCCGAUAUCUCCAGUUCUAUUUUAUCCAGCUAAAGCUUUCCCACAAGCAGGAUUCACUGCUCUUAUUCGAGCUCAUAGUCAUUUCGCACUACUUAGUGUUUUGUUAAAAUCACUACAGUUUGUAAAAUAUUUACAACAAAUUGUAGUUGUAUGGACAAGUAAAGUAUAUCCUGUUCCUGACACUAUACUUUGGCCAUCACUAAAGGUACCGUUGAGUGUAGUACGUCCAGCUUAUGGUUCAGUAAAUGGUCGAUUUUUUCCUUAUCGACAAAUAAGAACAGAAGCAGUUUUUUCUAUUGAAGAAGAUACUUGUCUACCAUCUGCUGAAUCAGUUGAACGUGCAUUUGAACUAUGGUGCCAAAAUCCUGAACGAUUAGUCAGUUUAUCUGGAAGACAAUCUGAACAGCUUUCUUGGCAUCUAUUUUACAAUAAUGAUACUGAUGAUAAUCAGUCGUUUUCUGCCACUUUUCCUGCAGUCUUUUUCCAUAAGCACUACUUACAUCUGUACACCGAUCUGUUGGCUGUCCAUGUGAAAUCAUUUAUCGAUAAGUUGGAGACAUGUGAAGAUGCUUUCUUGUAUUGGCUUAUUGUACAAACAUCUGGUGGUCAAUCAGUAUUGAGCACUUCUCUUGUGUACAAUUAUAAUUCAUCCAAUUUGUAUAGUUUUACCAAUCCAUUAUUGAAUGAAUGUCGUCCUGUGCCUAAACAUUGUUCACUUCAUGUAAAUCAAUUAUCAUCUUUUGUGAAAAACUUUCGUCAAUCAAGUUAUCCUUUCAAAGUUUCACAGUUAACUGCUGAUGCCUUAUAA